AUGAUGGAACAGUUUAUGCUCUCCAUGCGGAAGUCCCCGGCUCGGAAAGCGCAGGACAUGGGGAAUCGAGAAAGCAUCUCCACUCGCCUCAACCGCUCCACGCGGAGAAGCCCCACGGGGUUUGAUCCUGGCACCCGGACUGUACCUCGAACCAGACUCUUAUACUAUUUGUCGUUCGUGAUUGUCACUUCUCCUGCUGUUGUCCGUUGUUGCACAAUCAGACCUGUUGCUAUUCACCAAAGCCUGUCAGCACUCGUUAGGCUUACUUGCCUAGGCUUCUCUAUGCUGUAAUGGCAGAAGACAAGUCCUCCGUUGAGAUGAAGGAAGAGGCAAGGGUUGCCGAGGAGCAUACGCAGCCGAUCUCCGUGACGCCUGAGCAGGAGAGAGUAAUUCGCAGACAUUUUGACCGCCGCAUCGUUCCCAUCGUCUGCAUCGCCUACGUCCUGUCCUACCUUGACCGUGGCAACAUCGGUAACGCAAAGACCGCUGGUGCGCAAAAGGAUCUCCAUCUGUCUUCCUCACAAUGGACAUGGGUAUUGAAUGCGUUCUACAUUGCUUAUGUUCUAAUGGAUUGGACUCAAAUUCUCUGGAAGAUCUUCCCUGCACACAUCUUCGUGGCGUCGCUUUGCGUCCUCUGGGGCAUCUGCGCGAUGUCUGCCGGCGCGGUACACGGCCUGUCAUCGCUCGUUGUCGUGCGAGUCUUCUUAGGCAUCUUUGAGGCUAGUUUCGGAGCCGGCGCUCCUUACUUCCUCUCGCUAUUCUAUCAGCGACAGGAGCUAGCAUUCAGGACUUCGCUGCUCUUGGGAAUGUCGCCAUUGGCCAACUGCUUCGCGAGCGCUCUUGCAUACGGCAUCUCUCAGAUACGAGGAUCACUGCAGCCUUGGCGGUUCAUCUUCAUCAUAGAGGGAGCCCCAACAAUCCUGUUUGCUCCCGUCGUGUUCUUCCUCUUGCCGGAUUCACCUGGCACGGCCAAAUUCCUCGACGAGCGGGAGCAGACACACGCUUUGGAGCGUAUGCAGACACGCGACCACACCAAAAAGAGCGGCAUCCACUGGAAGGCGUUCCUUGCCGGACUGGUAGACUAUCGCAACUUCAUCCAUAUGGCCAUCCACUUCAUGUGCAAUUACUCCUUCGCUGGGCUAUCGAACUUCCUGCCCACUAUCGUGCAAAAUAUGGGUUACACUAGCAUCAACGCACAAGGUCUAACAGCGCCAAUAUACUUCUUGAGUUUCCUUUGCUGCGUCGCUGCAGCCCUGAUAAGCGACAAAUGGGGCAACCGAGGACUUAUCAUCAUGACCUCAGCAACAGUUGGUACCGUUGGUUAUAUUCUAUUAGCUAUCCUCGAAGAAAAGAAAUACAACAGCGUUCGCUACUUCGCCGUCUGGCUUGCGGUCUGUGGCAUUUACCCUGCCCUUGCAAUUAACAUAACAUGGCUCUUGAAUAACAAUGUCAACGAGUCCAAGCGGGGCGCAGGCCUGGCCGUGCUUGCAGUCUUCGGACAGUGCAGCUCGUUUCUUAGCUCAGCGAUGUUUCCGAAUGCCGAUGCACCGUUCUUUCAGCGAGGUUGCGCCAUCGGCGCAGCAUUCACUGGCUGCAUUGUACUCUUGGCCGCUGCACUCUUCAUCCGCUUGCGAACAAGCAACGCCCACAAGGACAGACUCCACGGCCGUCCGCAAGCAAACGAGCAGCUUGAUAUUACAGAUCUUGGCGAAGCGCACCCAUCAUUUAGAUACUUCUUAUGAUCUUAAGAAACAUGAACAGAUCGCCUGAUUUCAGGAAGCUUGGCAUUGUUGCAGACGCACCACACUGCAACCUGGUGUAACAUGGGCUUAAAGCUGACCGUUGAUGAGCGAGCAAGUGGUCAAUAAGCUAAAUCGUGUCCGGGUUUGGGAAAGGGAUCGAAAAGCGGCAAGGCGGUACGAGCGGCUUGUUUCGUACUGAGAGUGUGCAAUGCUUGAUGUAUGCUG